ACCAUGGAGCGCAACAAGACGCGUUGGAGAGACUCACCAAUCCGACGGGAAAAGUGCCAGUUUGUGAUCUGUUUGUAAAUCACUUUCAGCAAGUGGGCAUAUUUCUGUUCACCAGCAGGUGGACAUUGAGUUUUCGCUAGCGUGCGUAAACUGACUCGAGAGGAAAUAAAACAGUGUUGGAGUGAACAGCUACCAAAAGAACGAGAGGAAAGGAGGAGUUGGAAAGAGCCCAAGGAGAGGCAAGUGCCCGUUGGAUAGAAAGGCUCUCUGUGUUGCUUUUGUGAACACUUUUUGACGUUGUUUCUGGGAAAUGUUGCUGGUGUGCGCAGCGUAAUACCCCGAACAGCUUUCAUGCCUCGUGCCAUCAGAAGGGACAGUUACUUCUCUGCAAGGAAACUGUGAUCGGAGCUGAGAUUUCAUAAAGAAGAAGAAGAAGAAGAAGGCACUGGGCUGAAACUGAGGACCAGUCACUGAUCAGUUACGAACCAUGGUGAAGUUUCAUAACUCGGACCUAUGGAUAGCCUGGAUGAUCAUUUUCUGCAUGGAGGGUUCGAGGUUUGAUCUACACACAGGGAAAGUGUGUGUGCGGGCGCUGGAUGUGACCGUGUCCCAGAGCAGUAUCCAGGUGGCCCGCGGCCAAGCAGCAGUCCUGCCAUGCUCCUUCACCACCAGCGCUGCCCUCAACAACCUCAACAUCAUCUGGAUGGUCAUACCACUGUCCAAUGCCAACCAGCCAGAGCAGGUGAUCAUUUACCAGGGUGGCCAGGUGUUCAGCCUCGCCAACCACCUCAAUGGGCGUGUGGGCUUCUCGGCCACCAUGCCAAGUACAAGUGCCUCGAUCUUCAUCAACAAUACCCAGCUGUCCGACACUGGGACCUACCAGUGCCUGGUCAACAAUCUCCCAGACAGAGGGGGGCGUAACAUCGGCGUCAUUGGGCUCACCGUUUUGGUGCCACCCUCGGUGCCAGCAUGUCGUAUCCAGGGCACCCUGGAUGUAGGCAAUGACAUCAUGCUGAUGUGCAGCUCCGAGGAAGGUAUUCCCACGCCGUCCUACUCCUGGGAGAAGCUGGACGCGCUGCCCAAGCUGCCGCACAACGCCAUGCAAGACCAGAUGCAGGGCACUGUAACACUGAGAAACAUCAGCACCAGCACCUCAGGACUCUACCAGUGUACAUCCAGCAAUGCUAUUGGCAAGAGCACGUGUCUGCUCAACCUGCAGGUCAUAGCACCCCAGCCUCAGAGUGUCGGCCUGAUAGCCGGCACCAUCGCUACAGGAGUGCUAGCUGUCAUCAUCUGUGGCCUGUUAGUGGCAGUGACGCUCUUCUACUGGAAGAACAAGAACAAAUACGACGAGGAGGAGAUCCCAAAUGAGAUCAGAGAAGAUGACCUUCCUCCCAAGAGGUCGUCAUCAGUGAAGGCUUUCCAUGCAGACGCCUCAUCCUCAGAGAACGACACGCUGACGUCAACCAACACCUACAACAGCCGCUACUGGCACAACCCCAAACCCAACUACGACACCAACUCCUACACGCGCUACAACGGGGACACACGCCAGACCUUCUCCACUGCUGCUCACGGUGCACAUGGACACGGACAGGCCCAGAACGCAGGACACACCCACAGUACAGUGGUCACAGCCCCAGGCUCAGCUCCGCUGUCCCGCCAUCCGCAACCCAACACGGCAACAUCGUUUGCCAAUGGCAGCCAUACCCUCCCCCCACCAAAGACUCUGGUGGUCACCACAAACUCUGCCCCAUCCCCUACCGCCAUGGUGCGCAGCAACGGCUCUGUGAGUCUAAAACCGGUGGUGACGUCUGCACAUGGGCAGCACACGCACUCCUACGCGGUGAGCCAGGCCACCCUGGAGCGUAUGGGGGCGGUGCCUGUCAUGGUGCCCGCCCAGAACAGAGCAGGCUCGCUGGUGUAAAAUCUUUGGUAAACUGCUUUGAACAACAAGACUAAAUGAGCAUUUGUUUGGGAGAUUUUACAUCCACUGAUGAAAAACAGACAGAAUAUGGGCUGAAGCAGCCCGCUGCCCUUUACAAUGUUGUCUUUCUGUAUGUCCGGACAUCUGUUUCUCAAACCAAGCUGGGAUUUUACAGUCCAGAGUUCAGUUAAUGCCAAUUCUUUGAUGGACGGGACGCUUUCUUUUGUAGUAGAGUACUACAUGGGAUCUGAUCACCCCGUCAUUUAAUGGAUUUUAUUGGCAGGUGUGGCGGGAACUAUUUCUCAACCACUUGGAUUAUUUCACAAAACUGGAGUGAAAUUUGCUGCAGAACCUGGAUUCCCAGAUUAUGUUCAGGGUUGGAUCAUUGUGAUGAUUAUGUUUUUGUUUUAACUCAAAGCAACACAAUGCAUUUUCAUCUCAGUGUGUCCAUACUGCAUGGUCAGACAGAAGCGAGCUCGGAUUCCCACUAAAUGCAUGUGUCUCUUGUUUCGGGAUAACCAAUGAAGUGUAUAUUAUUUUUAAUAAUUUCCUUUCAAAACUUCGAUUGACCAGGAAUGGUAGUGAUGAUGGGGAUUAAUGUAUGCAUUGAAAAGUGAAUGUUUUAAAGUCUGUUGCGAGUAACCUAAAGGUAUAACGAUGAAAUAACGUUGGGGGAAAUGGCCUUAGAAGCUUAGGGAGAUGGGUUUUGGGUGCAAUACAUUACAUAAUUCAUUGAAUGCAAACAUUUUAAUUACAUUUUCGCACUUUUCAGAACAAGUUUAUAUCAAAACUUCUGUGUUAUGAACAAUAACUCAGUCUUACUAAUAAAAUGCUUUAAACCAUACAACAUAUAUCAAAACAUACAUGCACAUACAACAUACUGGGGAUGUUUGAAGAUGGCACAAACACUGGAUUUGUACAACAGAAAGCGACUGUCCGCCCCGAUCAAACUUUGAACCUGCAGAUGGAUAAUUGUCAUAGUCUGUGUUCAUUCUUGCUGUUGUCCUUAUCUGGUUCAUGUCACAUCAGUGCUGCUUGGAGAAGAUUAAAGGAUGUCUUAUUUCAUAAAUGCUUUAUAAAGAGACAGAUACACAGACAGAUAUAUAUAUUUAAAGGUGAUUUUUCCCCCCACCCCCCUCUUGACAAAGGCUAACAUCUUUUGUUUUUCUACUGUAAAUAUUGUAACUACAACAGUAGGCUAGAUUGUGAAUCAAAGAAAACAAAUUCAUGUCUGACUUAUACAUUAUACAUCUGCAACUCAUGUGUCUUAAUUUUGAAAUAAUUGUUUUGUUAAAUUAGGCAACAAUCUGGAUUUCAUUGUGAGUGUUAUUGGUUUCAAUGAAGGGAUGUUUUUUAUCUUGUUUUUUUUUUAAUGACGUAUUGCCAUUUCAUUACAGGACCUGAGGUGAAAACAAAUGGGUCGACACACAUGGCCAUACAUUUUGCUAUAAAUAGUAGACACUAUGCUGUAGAUGUUAGAAAGUAGCACUGUGUUUCUGACCUGCUGUUUUUAUUUUAACCAAAUCUCACCAACAGUGUUCCCAAAUUCAGUAAUCCAUAUUCUUAAUGCACGAUACUCUCUUUGAGCUAUGAUGCAAUAUUUGAUACAGCAAUUAUGUGUUUGUUACAGUACAUGCAGUAUUGGAAAGUGUGUUUUAUUCUUCAAAGCAAUUCCUCUUUGCGUCUUUUAUUAAUUAAAUGUGCUGUAUUGACAUUUCAAUUUGUAUUGAGACAAAUAAGGUGCUAAUAUAACUUACAAAAAGUGCUCCACCUUUAACACAUGUAAUCCCUUAAUUAAUGGUGGAGACAUUUUUCUUUUUUAAUUUGUAUUAUUUAGUCCAGAUGAAUUUACUGACCUGUGGGGGUCAUUACAACAAUGUGUGCCCCUUCUAGUAGGUGUUAUAUUACACUAACAUACAGUUAUUAAACUGGAAAUUACAAUAAACUUGAUCUGGAAGCCAAAAUGAACAACAUGUUUUUAUUCCCAACACAUGGUUGGUUAUUGUGAGCAAUAAAUAUUAGCCCAGGUGUUAUGGUAGAUGGAAAGGUAGACACUAAUUUCCUCUUUACUUCACCACAGUUUCUUGGCAGUGAUGUAGGCUUGCCAUCAACAACAACCUGCAUCAAAUGUAACCCUGAAUUUCCCCUGUUUUUUUUGCCUAAAAGUCAUGAUAUACAUGGCUUGAAGUUUGAUGUCUGCAUUUUUUUUAUUCAUCGAUUAUUCUGUCAAUGUGCACCAGUGCAGAUCAAUCACAAAUGUGUGUUUUUAUUUCUUCUUCCAUUUGACCCCGGUCCGACCACAGCUAUACACCUGCCCAGUGUUCUUACAGACACAUUUAUCCAAAGUGUUUUCUCUUUCUGUUUUGUCUUAAGGCUGUCUGCUGUGUGGCAGAGCUACAGUCCUCCAUUAAAAACCUGGGACACACAUAAACACACAAAUUGCUUUAUAAAUACAGUAAGGCUUUAACAGGUAACAUUAUAAAAGGUCAGGUAUCAUUGCCCAUCCUUUUUGUCUGAGUGAUUUCAGAAUAAAAUAUUCUGUCUGUGUAUUUUUCACUCACCAUCUCUCCUAGUGUCCCUACCCUGAGCACUGGCUGACAACUUUAAAGAAAGAAAACUCUUCUUCAACAUCUCUGGCUUUGUUCUUGCCAGGGAACAUUUCUGUCUGGAAAAGCUAAACUGAGAUUAUUUUAUUCUAACUCUGCCCUCCAGUUUUCAGGAGCAAUGGAGGAAAGAGAGCACAAUCAGUAGGAAUCUACUGAGGCUUUAACCCAGACUAAAACAACAUCUCAUCUUCUACCGUGACUUUAGGUCAGCACAUGGUACACAAGGUGGUAGGUACUUGGGUUGUGUACAUAGAUAAAUAAUGACAUGUGAUAUAUUGCCAAUAGUAAAACAAACCUGUAAAUAUGUAUAAAAAUACAUCUUGUUCUUACUGUUGGGUUGACAUGAAAUAGGAAAAAUAACAC